CUCUGCUGGAGGCGGAGUUAGGGACGGCGCCAUUUUGUUAUACGGAAAGAAAAGCGCGCCGAAGGACACUUCUUUUCAAGAGCCCUAGCUCUAGUCUUCUUAUCUGUAGAAUUAAAUAUUCUAGGAUAAGGAAUGGCCAGCUCUGAAUUUACAUAUAAACUGACCGAUGAGGACAUAAAAAAUCUGAUACGGCUGCGGACCACAAACGCACUGCUGUUUACCAGGAAAAGAAAUGCAGCCAAGGCAGCCUGGAGCGCAAUUAUUAGGGAGUUGGGUUUGGACGACAAGGUAACAGUGGAGCAGAUUGCCAAGAAAUGGGAAAACCUAAAGCUAAAAUACAAGGAAAUAAAAUAUCCUCCUCCUGGAAUGGAGGCAGUCGCAAGAUCCUCACAGUGGAGAUGGUUUAAACUCCUGGAUGAAGCAUUAAAGGAUGAGUUUUCUCCUGACGACAGCUUUCACUCAAUGACAUCAUCGGCAGGCGACGAUGACUGUGGCCCACAGACCAGCAAGAGGAUAUGCCAGGUGAAAGUAGGAAGUGAUGUAUUAGAGCUUCUGGUGGAUGAUGACAGUAUAACACGGGUCGGAGACUCAGGACCGACCGUGCUGAGCCAGGAGAGGCUGCUGGGAGAGGAGAACCCGACAAUGCUGUCAGGCCUGGACAGCGAGCGGGCCAGAUUAGCCCAAGAGCGACAGCUUCUCGAAAAGGAGCUUGAAGAGCUGGAUAGAGAAAGACUGGUAUUAGAGAGAGAGAAGGAUCUGGCUGAUCGUGAGAAGCUGGCGCUCCAGAGAGACCGGGCGCAGUUGGAGAAGGACAGGGCGGCCGUAGACAGAGACAGAGCGUCGCUGGAACAGGACAGAGCCCGUCUGGAGAAAGACAGGGCAGCGUUAGAGAGGGACAAGGCGGCACUUUUGAGAGACCGAGAGACUCUGAAAACCGAGAACCAAGGCAAAAACUCUACCGACUGCAGUCUAGACACUCCUCAUGAGAAAAACAGAGAGAAAUUAAUUCUCCUGUUUGAGAGAUUGAUUGAAAAGUUUUGAGAUUACAGCUGAUCUGGUGUUAUCAGAGGUUAAAGUGGUUUUUUUUUUUUCCAGUUUAUUUCCAAUUUUGUUCAAAAAACCUUUUUCUACCUAAGCAGAUUUAUAAAUGUUCCAAAUCUUUUUUGGGUUGAUCUCUAAAGCAAAUAUCACUAUUAUUCCACUAUGAAAUAACAAUCAAGCAGCAGUGAUUUACAACUUUUUUUUUUUUUUUGGAGAAGUGGCCUACUGUAACAUAUCCGAUAUGACUUACCAUCAUGUUUGCAUUGUGUUGCUACUUGUAAAUUUCAUUCCAGGGAAAUUAACUGUUUAUAAAAUCUGACUCUGUCAGAUUAUUUACAUGUAUAUGAAUGAAAAUAUUACUUGCUGAUUGUUUGCUUUUUUGAUCCUUUGUUAAGGACAAAUAUCAGAAGCUUUAUUGUAAAUAUAAAAGAAAUUACAGUGUUUGGAAUAAAUCAGUUGUAUG